UUGGUUGGUUCAAUCUUCAAUAGGCAGUUUGAAUUUUUAUCGCGUUUCACCUGGUAAAACUCGUAGCUGUUGCUGUUUGUGUUAUAAGUUGAUGUAGCACAAGGGAAGACUUGGCAUUUUAGUUUAAAAUCCCUUUGUAAAGGGUCAACCAAGAUGCCAAACUUUAGUGUUAAGGCUCUUCUCAGCUGGGUCAAUAGUAUCACUGCAUUGAACAGCGAGAUACAGAUCGAUGAUUUACAGGAUGGGGCAGUCCUGGUGAAACUGAUUCAUGUACUGAAAAAGAGGGAAAUCCCUUGUUUCAGUGAUUCUUUUGAGGAUCGGGUUCGUUUCAUUACAGAGUUUCUGGAAGGAGAAUGCAAAUUUAACCCAACUAAAGGCAGCCCUAUAUCAUGGGACAGCAUUAAAGACAGAAAGAAGCUAACGGUGGAAAUUUCCAAGGUACUUUUGUUGCUGUUUUAUCAUGACAUGAUGAAUGAUCGCCACACUCUUAGUGAACUGGAUUGUGAUGCAGAGCGUGAGCUUGCCAACAUGACCGACUGUUAUGUGAGUGAGAAAGAAGGUUGUGUUUAUCUGAACAAAACACUGGAUGCACACUUGACAAGGAGACAUCUGCCUGUAUGUCGACAAAUGUUUCACAAUUUGUCAUCCGACUCCACUGCCACCUCCAAUGUGUCCACCACCUCCUCAGACGAUGAGGCUCCAGUCUUUCUGCGUACACAGAAGGUCGACUUUGUUUGUCUACAAACGGUGGCUUCCUCCUCUGUCAGCAAAUCUCCUCUGGCUGAGGUCAUGAAUACACCUAAGUUUCAGAUGAGAAAGAUGCAAAGACAGAUGAUCAAAGAGAGAGAAUACAGAGAUGAUUUGGAGAAGCAGCUAGCCAGGACAAUUACACAAGUUAGCCAGAAAGAAUCUCAUAUCAACCAGUUGCAGUACCGCUUAGAUAAGGUGAAAGAGGAACAAAGAAAUCAGGAGCAGACCAUCAACGAACAAAUCACUGAGCUUGAGGCCAAAAAAAACUCGUUGCAAUUGCGGUUUAACGAGCUGCUAAAGAAAAACAAAGAUUUGAAGAGUACCUCUAUUCAUAUGGAGCGAAAGGUGGAUGAACUUACAGAGGAAAAUGGCAAUCUCUCCUUCCAGAUGAGAGCUUUAUGUUCCAAGUUGGCCGUCUUUGAAGCAGAAAAUGGCCAGCUGACACAAGCUCAGGCGUCUGCUGAGGAGGAGUGGAGAAACAAAACAACCCAUUUGCAAUCAGAACUCAACCAAGCAACCACACAAAAGGAACUCUUCUAUGACCAAGUCCAGAUCCUCCAAGGAAAAAUCUCCUGUUUAGAGGAAGAACUAAACAAAGCCACCAAAGAGGAAGUUGGGGAAAAUAUGGGUCCUGUAAUGGAGAGAGAAAUGUUGGAGACUGAAAUUAUCAGUCUGAAGAACGAGCUUGAGGGCACACUUUGCUCCCUAAGAAAGGCAGAAGAACAGAUUCAUACCACAACUCACAAGUUGGCUGAAUGUGAGGAAGAAAUAACUCGGUAUAAAGAGCUACUUAAACGACAAGAGGCACAAACUGAAAAAAUAAUUCAAGCCAAGGAUGAAAUUGUGGACAUUCUAAGUGAGCAGUUGACAAGCAUCUCCAGUUCUUUACAGAUUGCUGAAAACCAAAUUAAAGUGAAGGAAGACCUCUUGGCCAAACAAGAACAGGAAAGUUCUUUGCAGAUUGAAGAAUUAAGAAUAAGCAAAACUGUUCUUGAGGAUGAUUUGAAUCAGCUGAUGCAAGAUAUUAAAUCUAAAGAGGAUGAAGUCCAAAUGCUAAAGGCUGAUCACUGCAAGGAGUCAGAGGACUUAAACAGUGAGAUGCAAACUCUAAAGAAUCAAAUGGAAUGUUUGAAUGAAUCUCUCCAGUCUGCAACAGACCAAGUCUUGGCUAAGGAAAACCUGCUAACUCAGAAGGAGACUGAAAUUUCCCAGCAGAAGGAUUUACUUCAAAACUUGAGGACCGCUUCUGAAGAAGAAACAUCAAGGCUGAGGGAGGAGAUCCAGGAUAAAGAGAAGGAGAUGAGUUUCUUAAAACAUCAAAGUUCAGAGCAAACAGAGUCAUUUCAUAAUGAGAUAAAUGAUUUAAAGGACCAAGUUGAAUGUCUUGCGUUGUCAUUGAGAGCAGCUGAGGAGAACUUGCAGUCGAAAGAGAAUCAGUUUUCAGAGCAACAACAACAGAGCACUCGGCAAAUAGAAACUCUGCAGAUGCAGAUGAAUGCAUCUCAAGAUGAGGCAAAAAAGCUAAAAGCAGAAAUUAAUACUAAGGAGGAGCAGAUGGUUCAGCUGAAGACUAAAACGUCAAAUAAGUCAAAGUCCCUGGAGCAGGAGAUUGACGCUCUAAAUGAACAUAUAAAAAGCAUCUCUAGUUCUCUGGAGACUGCUGAAAAUCAAGUUAAAGCUAAGGAAGAUCUCUUAGCAAAGCAAAAGCAGGAAAGUUCUGUGGAGAUUGAAGAGUUAAGAAAACACAGAACAGUUCUUGAGCAUGAGGUGAAUCAACUGAAGCAAGAAAUUCAAACCAAAGAGGAUGGCAUCAAAAUGCUAAAAGGUGAUCACUGCAAGGAGUCGGGUGUCUUAAAUAAUGAGAUCCAAACUCUGAAGGAUCAAGUCCAAUGUUUGAAUGAAUCCCUCAAGUCUACAGCAGACCAACUGCUGGCUAAAGAGGAGCUGCUGUUUCAAAAGGAAAUGGAAAUUUCUCAGCAGAAGGAUUCACAUGAGAAGAUUAUGGCUACUUCUGAAGAGGAGAUGCAAAGACUUAAGGAGGUGAUGCAGGCCAAAGAGGAACAGAUGAGACUCUUGAAAAGUCAUAAUGCUGAGCAGAUGGAUGGUUUACAUCAGGAGAUAAAUGAUUUGAAAUCUCAGGUUGAGUGUCUUAGUUCCUCAUUGAGGGCAGCUGAAGAGAACGUGCAUUUGAAGGAAAAUGAGUUUGCUGAACAGCAACAACAGAGCACUCGGCAAAUCAAAACCCUUCAAAUGCAGAUGAAUGCAUCUCAAGAUGAGCUAAAGAAACUGAAAGUAGAGGUUGAUGCUAAAGAGGAGCAGAUGGUUCAGCUAAAGAUGGAGGCGUCUACAAAAUCGGAGUCACUGCAGCAGGAGAUUGAAGCUUUAAAUGAACAGAUAAAAACCAUAUCUAGUUCUCUGGAGAUUGCUGAAAACAAAAUUAAAGCCAAGGAAGAUCUGUUGGCCAAACAAGAACAGGAAAGUUCUUUGCAGAUUGAAGAAUUGAGAAACCACGGAACAGUUCUUGAGCACGAGGUGAAUCAACUGAAGCAAGAAAUUAAAUCUAAAGAGGAUGAAGUCCAAACAUUGAAGGCUGAUCACUGCAAGGAGUCGGAGGACUUAAACGGUGAGAUGCAAACUCUAAAGAAUCAGAUAGAAUGUUUGAAUGAAUCUCUUCAGUCUGCAACAGACCAAGUCUUGGCUAAAGAAAACUUGCUAGCUCAGAAGGAAGUUGAAAUUUCCCAGCAGAAGGAUUCACUUCAAAACUUGAGGGCCUCUUCUGAAGAAGAAACAUCAAGGCUGAGGGAGGAGAUCCAAGCUAAACAAGAGCAACUUAUCAACCUUAAAGAAGAAGGUGCCACACAGUCAGAUAUGCUUCAGCAGGAAAUUAAAAGUUUGCAAACACAACUGGAUGAUAUGGCCAAAACAAAGAAAAUCAGUGAAGAAGAGCUGCAGACUCAGAAAGAGGUUCUUCAGCAACUACUGUCGGCUUCUGAGGAAGAACUGAGGAAGCUGAGAAGUGAGAUUCAAUCCAAAGAACAACAGAUGGAGCUGCUGAAGACUGAAAAUGCAGAGCAGUUGAACUUGUUACAUCAAGAGAUCGAAAGUUUAAACAAACAGGUGGAAACUCUCAGCUCCUCGAUGAGGAAGGCGGAAGAAGAAAUCCACUCCCGUGAAGCUCUUUUGACCAAGCAACAAAAAGAAAAUGCAGAACAGAGUCAAGAACUUGAGAGCUUACAUGAGAAUGUCCAACAGUUAAACAAACAGCUGGAACAACUUCACUCGCAUGAAAAGGAGAUUGAAAAAUUAAAAGGAUCCCAGGCUGAGAAAGAAAACGACCUCCUUGAAGCUGAAAGGAAGCUUCAGGAUCUGCAGGCAGAGUUGUCAGAAGCAAGGAUGCUCAUUGCUGACAAAGAUCAAAAUCUGAACACCUUGAAUCAGGAGGUUGUGCUUCAAGUUAGUUUGUUGCAGAAAGCAAAAGAAGAGACUGAGGCCAGUGAGAAAAUCAUGGCUGAGCUAAAGCUGGAGGACUCCAAGCAGACAGAUGUUCUUCAAGAUGAGAUUCGGGAGCUUAAAGGAGAGUUGGAAACAAUUUCUCAAAGACUUUGUGCCAAAGAGCAGAAGUUACUUGAAACUCAGCAGGAGUCUGCAGAGCUGGUGAACAAUCUCCAGCAGCAGCUUCUCUUGGUAAAGGCAGAGCUUGACUACCAAAAAGAGGCCCUAUCUGCAAGUCUUCAAGCAAAAGAAGCUGCUCAGGCCUUACAGUUGACCACGCUGAAGGAAAAGGAGGUUCUUUUACAAGAAAAAGAAGCACUCGUGUCCAAGAUAAUUCAAGUAGAGAUGGACCAAAGAGCUCUGGAGAAACGGGUUGAAGAUGUAGUCACUGAGAAAGACAGGCUUGCUCAAGUCAGUCAGGCCAUGGAGAGAAAGUAUUUUGCUUCUUGUAAAGUGGAGGCUGAUUUGCAAAAAGAGCUUGAAAUUCUCAAAAUGGCGAAAGAACAACUUUUGAAGCGGAGAGAAAAAGCAGAAGAACUUGAGCUCAUAAACGGAGAGCUGAAGCAACAACUUGCAGUAAAAACAGAGGCUGCUGAACACUACAAGGCUCAGAUGGACAGAGCUGUGAGCCAUUACCACAGCAAGAAGCAGCUUCUCCAGAAAAGCGAAGAGGGAAACAUGGAGCUUAAACAGGCUCUAGAGGAUAAAGACAACAAACUCCAAGCUAUUCUCCAGGAAAAUCAGAUACUCCAUCUUGACUUGGAGAAAGUCCAGACCAAUGAGAAAAAACUCAAGAGUCAGGUUGCCAGUUUAGAGACACAGCUGGCUUAUGCUGAUCAAGCCCUGAGAACACAGAAUAAGAUCUGUGGUGAUGGAGGUGGUCCGUCAGAGUCUGCUUACCUAGAGGUUCCCAGGAGGACGCGCCUGGGUUUUAGCACUACAGCACAGGUGAAGAGGUCCAUGAGCUCAGACAGUCUGGAGCAAAGCUCACUGGAGAACUCUCUUGACACUACAAGGAAACUGUCUGCACCUGGUGAAUCAAGUACUCCGCUAGUUCGAAACUCAGAACGUUUGGCAGCCAAACGUCGGGGCCUUCAGGCAGAGUCACUGGAAACUCUGUAUUUUACACCCAUUAACACCAAACGAACUAGAAGGAAUGACAAACAAAGUGAUGAUUCUGAUAUGGAGCUGGACUCGACCCGAAAAAAUCCAACUUCAUCUGUAAAGAGACGCAGAACCACACAGGUUAUAAAUAUCACAAUGUCCAAGAAAACUCCAGGUCGCAGUGAAGAUGAGACCUUUUACAGCCUGCAUUCAGCUCGCUCCCAACCAAACCUCACCGGUGCUCAUGCUGCACAGCCCAUGUGUUCGGACAUGUUUAAUACACCAGCUGAGAAGACCAAAGCUGCCAGUGAUCAGCUUAUUGGCCUUCCAGGCUACAGACGGAGCGCCGUCCAUUCACACAGUACCAGUACAUUCUGUGGGGGAGCAGAGAACGAGCCUGAUGGUGGGCCUGAGGAUUGGCUGAGGAUCGCAGAGCUGCAGGCGAGGAACAUGGCCUGCCUCCCGCAUCUGAAGAGUAGCUACCCUGUGGAGUCAGAGACUGGCCAGGGCAGUGCCUUAAUUUUCACGGACGAAGAGCUUCGCACCGGGGACCCGUCAGAAACAAUCCGACGGGGAUCCAUGAUGCCGGGCCAACUGCAGGACUCCCUGAUCUCCCAUCGCCACUCCCUCAUGGUGGGCCACACGGGGGUUGGUACUCGGUCCCAUCGUCUGUCCUUGAUGCCAGACCAGCUGUCAUCAAGACCAGCCCUCUCCUCUCAGCUGAGAAGCCCAAAGUAUUCCAAGCAGUCAUCAUCCACCUUGUCUGUUCACAAGAUUUCACCUGAGAAAAAGACAAAAGCCAGCUGCUUCCCUCGUCCGCUCACUCCCAAGAGCAAGAAUGUGAGCAGUGGACCAUCCAGUGCUAAUCUUCACCCCAUCCUUAGUCCUGCUGAUCGUCGGCAGUCUACGAUGUUCACAAUUGACAACACCCCAAAGAGCAACAACUACUUAAAGAAAGGGCUGAACAAACUGCGCAAUUCCACUCGAAAAUCGCCUGGAAAAGGUCUGAGGAAGUCGCCGUCCCACAAAAAUGCUCAGAAGGGUCUGAAAAACUCCCCUUCAGUAAAUUCUCAAGCCUCAGUGGGACGAUCUGCGAAAGCUGGCAGCUUUAAGACCCCACAGGCUGCAGCUCGGCCACAGAGAGGAUCUCAAGCCACUAGCAGGUCUGCCAAGUCUCCUGGACUCACUGCUAGUGCUCGCAAGAAGCAAGACCCUAUAAAGGAAGACAAUGAUUUCUGAGAUCGAAGAAGGUUAUGAGAAGGAUGAAGGUUUAAAGGCUUCAAGAAUGAUUCAUUACCACCCAUUUUUCUUGAUUUUCAUUUUUCUCUUUUUGCCUUUCACUAAGAUUUCAGUUUUGUCCGUUAGGAUUUUUUUUUUAAAUUACCUUUUCUGAUCUGCUUGUUAUAUAAACCAUUAAAAUCCAUGUAAAAUAUAAGAUAAUAAAAUUAAGUAAAAGUUGCAGUGUCCUU